UAUGAAUUCAAAAAUCCAACAUGAACACUAAUCACUUAAUCUUUCAUUCAUAGAACAAACCAAUAUAUUAUUGAAAGACUUAGAACAUAUUUUAAUUCUAACAUAAAUUAGAGCUAAUGAUAUUCCUUAUUCUCGAAUUUGUUAAUUUUGCAAAUUCAUUCAUGAUUAUGAUGAAUAACAUAAUUUAGUGAUCAAAUAAUACUCAGAAGCACAAUUUAUAUCUGAUCUAAUAGCAGAACAUCAAACACUUUUUGAAAUCUGUAAUUGGGCACACCAAACUCUAAAUUUUUAGAAUGCAGGUGAUUAAGAUAAAGCUUGGAAUCAUAUCAUAUCAAAUAACCUUUAAUAAGUCCAUAACUUCUUAAAAGAUGAUGAAAAAUGUAUUCUUAAUUCCUUAAAACCUUUUGGAGCGGGAAAUUAAUUAUUUGACUUCAUGAAGUUAUCAGCUAAUUAAAAUGAAAAUUGGGUAUUGACAUUAGAAACUCUAAAUCAAGUUGUUACUUAGAAUUAAUACUCAAAUAAUAAAUUAUAUAAAUGGGCUACAUGUUAAAGUGUGCCUUUGAGUGCAAAUAUGCCUAAAUUUUAUGAAAAUCUUUGGCUCAAUAUUAGAGCUGAAUUAUUCUGUAAAGUAAUGACUAGACAUUCAGAAAUAUAUCCAAAAAUGAUGUAAUGUAUCAAUUUUGGAAUCAAUAAACCAUAUGUAUGGCGACCAAAAUAUUAUGAAUUGAAUUUCGUGAGUGCUGAUUUCGGUGUGGAAACAUUAGGUAAACAAUUCAUUUAUUAAAUUAUUAAAUAUCUAACUAAAAAAUCAAGUGUUGAUUAGUUUAUUUAAUUGGUAGAAGAAGCUAUUUAUACAUUAUCUAACAUAUCUAUAAAAAUAUAAGAUACUAAAUAAAGAGUUUUAUGUUUUUAUAAAAUUGGUUUAAUGAUUAAUAAUUUGUUAGAUAUUGAUGAGGAGGAUGAAUAUAAUUUAUUAAAGUUGUUAACUGAAGUAAUAAAAUUAAUAGAAGUAGAAAAUUUUGAUCUUCAUAUUAAGUUUAAAUAUUUGACAUAAUUAUUAAGUUUUUUAAAACGAUCCCCUACAUUUAAUUAAUUUAUAUUUCAAACAUGUUAAGGUAUUAUUAACUAAAUAGGGAAUUCAUUAAGCAUUAUUCUAGAAUUAUUAUAGUAGGAUAAAUUCGAAAGUACAUUAAUCACUGAAAUUGCUUUUGAUCAAUUUACAAUACUCAGUCCUAUAUAAUAAAAUGAAUUAAUUUCUAAAGAAUUUUCUAAAUAUUUUGACUAUGAAUAAAAAAAGACUUAAAUUAAAAGACUUUAUCCUUAUAUAAUUCAAAAUAUUGAACUUUUUAAAGACACAUAUCCCUAAUUACUCUUGGAUUACCCUGAUAUAGCAUUAAAUGAAACUGAAUACUAUUAAACUUAUAUUAAAAAAGAUAUUGAAAGCAUGAAAAAUUUUAUUAUAGCUAAAGAAAUUCCUGACAUUUGGUUUAUUAAAUAUAUUAUUUUUAUACUUGAUUAAAAUAAUGAAAAUGAUAUGUAUAAAUAAUAACUUAUUAGCUUAGUUCUGAUGUAAUCCUUGGAAUUACUAAUAAAUAUGAAUAAUUUGAAAAACUAGAAAAUAAAAGAUAAAUUUUAGCAUUAAUCGCUAAGAAACUUACAGUAUUUUCAGAAUUUAUUGAUUAUUUGCUUAAAUGA